AUGGGCAACCCGGAGAAGCUGAUGGCGCAGAUCUUCGACCUCAAGUUCACGUCCAAGUCGCUGCAGCGGCAGGCGCGCAAGUGCGAGAAGGAGGAGAAGGAGCAGAAGCUCAAGGUGAAGAAGGCCAUCGAGAAGGGCAACGUGGACGGCGCGCGGAUCUACGCCGAGAACGCCAUCCGCAAGCGCACCGAGCACAUGAACUACCUCCGCCUCGCCUCCCGCCUCGACGCCGUCGUCGCCCGCCUCGACACGCAGGCCAAGAUGCAGGCCAUCGGCAAGUCCAUGGGCAACAUCGUCAAGUCGCUCGACUCCUCCCUCGCCACGGGCAACCUCCAGAAGAUGUCCGAGACCAUGGACAGCUUCGAGCGCCAGUUCGUCAACAUGGAGGUCCAGGCCGAGUUCAUGGAGGGCGCCAUGGCCGGCUCCACCUCCCUCUCCACGCCCGAGACCGAGGUCAACUCCCUCAUGCAGCAGGUCGCCGACGACUACGGCCUCGAGGUCUCCGUCGGCCUCCCCCAGGCCGCCGCCCACGCCAUCCCGGCCGCCAAGGAGAAGGAGAAGGUCGACGAGGACGACCUCACCCGCCGCCUCGCUGAGCUCAAGGCCCGCGGCUGA